CUGCACGAAGAUGGCGGCCGAACUGGUGGAAGCGAUGAACAUGGUGAAAAGUUUCCGGGUCUCAGACCUGCAGACGCUGCUGGCCUCGAUGGGCCGCAGUAAAAGUGGCCUGAAGCAGGACCUGGUGGGCCGCGCUCUGAGGCUGGUGCAGACCGAGUACAGCCCAGAGCUGCUGAAGAACGUCCGGCAGCUUUACGAGUCGCGCUUUCCCAAAGCCUCCGGUUGGCUGGCGGCGCGGCGCCCCGAAGGCGUGCCGGUCGCUUAUUCGUCCCUCAGCUCCUCCCCCACCGCCACCUCUCAGGGCGCAGACUACCUCAACGGCAUCUCCAAACCGCUCCCUGCUCCCGCGGCAGAGGUCAAGCUGGUCGCACUGCCCUUCUACCAAACCCUAGAGACCCUGCUGCCACCCACAGAGCUAAUUGCCCAGAACAAUGAGAAACUGCAGGACAGUCAAUGCAUCUUUGAAUUAACACCGACACAAGCAGACCAGAUCAGAAAUGCAAGUGAACUUCGUCCUGGAAUCCGAUCAAUCCAAGUUGUUCUUAGAAUCUGUUACACGGACUCCAUCGGUGUUCAGGAGGACCAGUAUCCUCCCAACAUCGCUGUUAAGGUCAACCAGUCCUACUGUCAUGUGCCGGGUUAUUAUCCCUCCAACAAGCCUGGCGUUGAACCCCGUCGUCCUUGCCGCCCCGUAAACAUCACUCCCUGGUUGCAUCUCUCCAGUAUCACCAACAGAGUCACCAUCACCUGGGGGAACUUCGGCAAGCGCUACUCGGUGGCGGUCUACCUGGUGAAGGUCUACACCGCAGCAGACCUCUUCAACCAGCUGAAGCUCUGCUCCGUGGAGAGCGCCGAACGCUGUCGCGAACGCAUCCAGGACAAACUCCGCUUCGAUCCAGAGAGUGAAAUUGCGACCACAGGCCUCAGAGUUUCUCUCAUCUGUCCACUGGUGAAGAUGCGGCUCGGCGUUCCCUGCCGAGUUCUGACAUGCGCCCACCUUCAGUGUUUCGACGCAGUCUUCUUCCUGCAGAUGAAUGAGAAGAAGCCCACGUGGACCUGCCCCGUCUGCGACAAGCCGGCUCCCUUUGAGCUGCUCACCAUCGAUGGGCUGUUGUCCGAGAUCCUGAAGGAGACGAACGAAGACAUCGAGGAGAUCGAAUACUUAACAGACGGCUCCUGGCGACCCAUCAGGGAUGAGAAGGAGAGGGACAAAGAGCGGGAGCGCAGCCACACCCCGGAGUACCGAGUCGUCGAUAUAUGCAUUCCUGAAGCGAACGGUCACUCGCCGGCCCACAGCAGCACCAGCCUGUCGGGCAAGUCCGGGAGCGGUUCGGUGGGCGUGUCCGGAGGAGCCCCGGGGGGGGCAGGGGGGGGGGGGGGCGUGGUGGUGGAUCUGACUCUGGACUCCUCCUCGGAGGAGGAAGGGGGCGGGGCGGGCGGGGACAGCGAGGACACGGAGGACAGCGCCGACAGCCCCGCCCCCAAAAGGGGCCGGUACAACUACGACAAAGACCUGGUCACCGCGUACUGA